AUGGAGGUCCUCAAUCCGCUGGAUGCCGUAUGUAACGUACCCCGACCGGACGCGAUCUGCGUCAGUAAUCUGCGAGCCAAAAAGCUCGACAAAGCCGUCCUAACCGAACGACCGGAUGUGAAAAUUUUCCUUCCGUUCCGAUUCUACUUCUACCGAGUGGAAGAGCUAUUCACACCCAAUACCUACAACAAAUUCCUAGUUGCGCCGGGUGGUGAUCACUUGAUUUCGCUGAUUGACGAAAUUUCUUACGUGUCCCCAUCGCCAAUGCUGUCCCAAAUCGAGGACAUCCCACCGGAGCAGUUCUGCAACGGUGACAAACGCCCCCCAGACUGCGGCCCGAACUGCAUGUGCACCCACACGGUUGAUAUUCCCCUGAACGCGAUCGUUGAAGUCGUCCUGGUAGAUGAAGGUGAUCCAAAAGACAAUCUCAGUCAUCCGUUCCACUUGCACGGUCACUCCUUCAACGUGAUCGGUAUGGGCCGAUCGCCCGAUACCACCGUCAAGAAAAUCAACCUGCGCCAUGCACUCGAUCUGGAUCGCCGCGGUCUGCUGAACCGACAGUUCAACCUACCCCCACUGAAGGAUACGGUGGCAGUGCCCAACAAUGGCUACGUCGUGAUGCGGUUUAGAGCCAACAAUCCAGGCUACUGGCUAUUCCAUUGCCACUUCCAGUUCCACAUUGUAAUCGGCAUGAAUCUGGUCGUCCAUGUUGGAUCCAAGGCCGAUCUUCCCCCAGUGCCACCAAACUUCCCGCGGUGUGGAAACCACAUACCUCCGAUCAGGUUCAACUAGGACCCGAAGUAGU